AAGAUCUAUAUUGAUUUGAGUGACGUGGAUGGUGUGGCAGGUGCUUUCGAAACAAUUCGUUCGUGCGCUGAGCCGACAAUAAACGAUCGAAUUUUGUCGUUGGAAGCAGAUGGCAACUACUGGGAUGCGUUGCCUUUGUACGAACAUUCCUCCAAUGUCAAGCUUUCGUAUGUCAAAUGCUUGCUUCGCCUCAAUGAGCCUCGUUUGGCACUGAACGAAAUCAGCGAAAGUUUAACAAACGAUUCCGAUCUUCUCGAAAAACUACGCUCGUGUCAAAUCGAAGCAACCUGGCGACUGCAGCAGUGGGAUAAUUUAACAAAGUUGGUGAACACGAAACCGGAACUGGCCACGUGCGGCGCCACAUAUGCUGGCGUAAUUUGCUCGCUCAAAAAUCGACAAUUCGAUUCGAUGGAUGAUUUUUUGGGCAAAGCUCGAACACGACUGGUUAAUGCAUUGGCGGCGAUGACAAUCGAAGAUUCGGAUACAUACACACAGGCCUAUAAAUAUGUUACACAAUUACAUGUGUUGUCCGAAAUUGAGGAUGCAAAGGCGUCGCUGAAGUUGCAGGAUGAUCAUGAAAUCCUGUCUCCUGAAGAGCUGAUUAAGCAGUUAAACAUUUGGCAGAAUCGUGCUUCUCGGGCGGUUCAAUGUACGAGCAUUUUGGAACCCAUUUUGAACGCGCGACGAAGUCUGUUAAGUUUGCUGGAAGGUGGGAUUGGUCGGGCACCGUUCUGUGAUUUAUUGCUGCAGAGCUGUCGCCUAGCAAGGCACGAUGGUCAUCUGCAGGUUGCUUGGUCAUACCUGAGCCAGGCCAAAGCAAUGAAUGUAAAUCAGUUUGAAGUUGAAAUGGAAGAAGCUCGAUAUCUUUUCCAAAAGGGCAGUCAGGUUCAGGCGAUACAGAUACUCUCAAAUCUAUUAAAAAGAAAAUUUCCGUCUAAGCUUCAACAGAUGAAGGCUAUCUGCGACUCAGGAAAAAAAUUCAGUGGCAGUGGACGGUGUUCCGGAGAUUUGAAAAAGGCGCUGGAAAAAGAACCGAAGGAGGAAAAUGAAAAUUUUGUAAAGGUUUGUUCAGUAAUGCAUUUUUCCGCAGCUGUGUAG